AUGUCAGGGAUUAUUAAAAAGAAAGGUAAGCUUUCUAUGCAAGGUUAUAAAGAUCGUGAAUUUACAGUCAACAGACAAGGUAUAAUGAAAUAUGGUAAGCCUCGCGAACAGAAUAAAUGGAAGAAAGUCAUAAAGCUUGAAGACAUAUCCGAUGUAUCACCAUAUAAUCAUAACCCUCGUCAUGGUUUCACAAUCACUAAAAAAGAUGGAAGAAUUUUAUAUUUCGUCGCCCAAAACGAUGAAGAGAAGUGGAAAUGGAUAAACGGAUUUAGGCAGGCUCUUAGAGUAAUCACAAAACCAAAUGAAUCAAAUUUAGAAAAUGCUAUAAUGGACCCUAUGGAUUAUACUUUCAUUCCUCUCCUAAAAUUAUCAAAAUAUUCGUCCACUGGUAUCUGGAGAUGGAGAUUCUUUGUCGUUUCUAAAGUUUUUGUUGUUUAUUAUCAAGAUCCUACCAUGGCAGAAGAGCUUGGUGCAUUCCCGAUCACCGCUGUUGUUAAAAUAGCUUUUACAACAACUAAACAUGGAGAAAAGACUUUACAAGUUGAUGUAAAGACGAAUGAAAAAAGAUCUUACUUCUUUUCUCACCCCGAUCAAAGUCAACUUGAAAUAUUUAAUAAUCUUAUUUCACCAAAGGAUAAGGCCAAACUUUUUGGUCCCAAGAAAUCUGCAUAA